UUGCUAGGCUACUUUGUUUUACAAUCUUCUCAUGUUCACACUUCAGAAAAGCCUAACAGGAUCCAAGGCCCACUAUAGUAGGCUUAAAUUUGUCAAACUCAAUUUCUAAAGGACCAUAAAUUAUGUGACUUUUUGCUCAGCGCUCUGAUGAUACCCUGAAACUUGCUCUGAAUUAAGCUGCUCAUUUCAAAUAUUGAAAUGUCAAGUAUAUUUAAUUUGCUAAGGUGACAUGAUAUUUGUGCUAAUAUUUUCCAAGUUGUAUUAACCUUAUAUUUUUUCUUGAGUGGUUAAGUGGCUUUAAUUGCAUUGACUAAUAAUUGGGCCUGUAGAUUGUUAACUUGAGAGAGAGUCUUUGGUACUAAUAAAUGUAGGAACCAAAAGAGUGGGAAAGAAAAGUAAUGUUCAAAGUUGUGUUGAGAGUUGAAAGAAUGACGAUGGAGAAGCCGUGGCUGGUAACAAUGUUUGCAGCACUAGUUAUGCUUCAAGCAUUCGGCAUCAUCAGUGGAUGUUUCUUGGAAGAGAAGGCAGCGCUUCUCGAGUUCAAGUCUACUUAUUUCAAUGCUUCUGUUCUGCCUUCCUGGGUGGAAGAUGAUCCAAAUUGCUGUGGAUAGGAGCGUGUCACCUGUGAUUCCACCUCCGGAUGCAUCAUCCAUCUCGAUCUUCAUUGGGUACAAACAGAUAUGCAGACCAUAACAUAAAUAGCCUCAACUGGUCCUUGUUCCAAACCUUCAAGGAACCCAGAACACUUGAUUUGUCCACUAAUUGUAUUCAUGGCUUCAUUUGGAAUGGAGAUUACAGAACCAACUCAAGAUUGAACAAGUUGGAGAAACUAGAUCUUAGUAACAAUUUUUUCAUCAACCUGAGCAUAAUGGAGCCAUUGAGCAUUCUCACAUCCCUCAGGAAUUUAAAUCUUGCUGGAAAUAAUAUUAGUGGAACCUUCCCUACUUUUCUCAAUUUAAAAUCUAGUGUUUUUAGUUCGUUGUUGGUUAUGAAAUCAAACAUUGAUCAAAUUCUUUUUCUUCAAGAUUUCAUGAGUCUAACAGCAUUAGAGACGUUAGAUCUCUCGCACAAUUCUGUCAACAUCAGCAUAAUGGAAUCCUUGAGUGCUCUUACAUCCCUCAAGAAUUUAUUUCUUGCUGAAAAUAAAUUGGUUGGGCCGUUGCCAACUAAAGAAUUAUCACUUCUACGAAACUUGGAGCUGUUGGAUUUUGGUAACAAUGCACUUAGCAGCCCUUUGACAACUCAUGAUGCCAAGGCUUUUCUGAAAUUAAAGAAGCUGAAGAUGCUCAACUUAGGAAGCAAUGGAUUUGACAAGGGAGUAUUAAAAACUCCUUCAUUGGUCUCCCAGCUCUCAAAUCUUUGCACCUAUCUGAUAAUCAAAAUCUCAAAGGUCUCAACGAAUCUUUCUCAAUUGAAGGAUUAUGCAAGAUGAAGCAACUUCAAGAGCUGGACCUCUCUAGCAAGUAUAUUACAGGAACAUUAGAUAUAUGCCUUGCCAAUUUGACCUUUCUUCGAGCUCUUGAUGUUUCACACAAUUCUUGAACUGGGAACAUACCAACAUUUUUGUUUGCUCGACUUCAUCCUUAGAGUAUCUUUCCCUUUCAAAUAACAACUUUGAGAGCUUAUUCUCAUUAAGCUUGUUGGCCAACCAUUCAAAGCUUAAGAUAUUAGAAUUAGGAAAAAUGGAUACACAAAUAUUUCAUGUAGAAACUGAAAAUCCAACCUGGAUCCCUUCGUUUCAGUUGUAAUAUUUAGAUAUAUCCCAUUGUCGAAUAAACCUACCUACAAAAAUUAUUCCUAGCUGCCUUUUAUAUCAACAUGGCUUAACUUUCAUUGAUAUCUCACACAACAAUUUAGUUGGUAUGUUUCCUAAUUGGUUGCUAGUGAUAAUCCAAAACUUGAAUCUGUUUUGUUAA